UUGGGCGGGGCGGUUCCGGGGAUGAGGAGGCGGCGGCGCGCCGAGACGAUGCUUCUGAGCUGAAGAGACGCCGGCGCACGGCCGAGCGCAGCGCCGACCGGCGGGAUGGCUCAGUCGGCGGGCGGCGAGGGGCCACGGGCGGAGCCGGCGGGCGGCGAGGGGCCGCCGGACCCCGGGGCGGCCGCGGGCGUGGCGGGGGUCCCGCAGGACGCGCUGAGCCUGGAGGAGAUCCUGCGGCUCUACAACCAGCCCAUCAACGAGGAGCAGGCGUGGGCCGUGUGCUACCAGUGCUGCGGCUCCCUGCGCGCCGCAGCCGCCGGCCGCCGCCAGCCCCGCCGCCGCGCGCGCUCGGCCGCGCAGAUCCACGUCUGGAGGGAUGGCGCCGUCACCCUGGCGCCCGGCGACGCGGGAGAGCCGCCCCCCGCCGCGGGUAAAUUGGGAUAUUCAUGUUGUACAGAAACAGAGGUUAUUGAGUCUUUGGGAAUUAUUAUCUAUAAAGCACUGGACUAUGGUUUGAAGGAGAAUGAAGAAAGGGAAUUAAGCCCUCCCUUGGAACAGCUCAUCGAUCGCAUGGCCAACACGGUAGAAGCUGAUGGUAGCAAUGAUGAGGGCUAUGAGGCUGUGGAUGAAGGCCUAGAAGAUGAAGAAGAUGAAAAGAGAAAAGUCUCAGCUAUCCGAUCAUAUAGAGAUGUCAUGAAGUUAUGUGCUGCUCAUCUCCCAACUGAAUCAGAGGCACCAAAUCAUUAUCAGGCAGUAUGUCGUGCACUGUUUGCAGAAACAAUGGAGCUGCGUACAUUUCUGACUAAAAUUAAGAGUGCAAAGGAGAAUCUUAAGAAGAUUCAAGAAAUGGAAAAGAGCGAUGAAUCUAACACAGACCUAGAGGACCUGAAAAACGCUGACUGGGCUCGAUUUUGGGUACAGGUGAUGAGGGAUUUGCGGAAUGGAGUAAAACUUAAGAAGGUCCAAGAGCGGCAGUACAACCCUUUGCCCAUUGAAUAUCAGCUUACCCCUUAUGAGAUGCUGAUGGAUGACAUUCGAUCCAAAAGAUACACUUUGCGAAAAGUGAUGGUGAAUGGUGAUAUUCCUCCUCGGUUAAAAAAAAGUGCUCAUGAAAUCAUCCUGGACUUCAUCAGAUCAAGACCUCCUUUAAAUCCUGUCUCAGCCAGAAAACUGAAACCCACUCCACCACGGCCACGGAGCCUCCAUGAAAGAAUAUUAGAAGAAAUCAAAGCAGAAAGAAAGCUGCGGCCCGUCUCACCAGAAGAAAUUAGACGUAGCAGAUUAGAUGUAACUACCCCUGAGUCUCCAAAGAACGUCGUGGAAUCAUCCAUGGUGAAUGGAGGUUUAACGUCACAAACAAAAGAAAAUGGAUUAAGUGUCACACAGCAGGUACCUAUACAGCGGAAGAAGCUCCUCAAAGCUCCAACUCUGGCCGAACUAGACAGCUCUGACUCUGAGGGAGAAACCCUGCACAAGUCAACCAGCAGCAGCAGUGUGUCCCCCUCCUUCCUUGAAGAUCCUUUAUUGGAGGCUGUGUCCACGAGAAAGAAGCCUCCUAAAUUCUUGCCCAUAUCAUCAACACCCCAACCAGAGAGACGGCAGCCACCCCAGAGACGACAUUCCAUUGAAAAGGAAACGCCUACUAACGUGAGACAGUUUUUGGCACCAUCCAAGCAGAGCUCCCGAUCUCUUGUUCCUAGGAUAACCAGUGUAUGGCCAAGGACGCCAUUCCGACCACUUUUUUCUACCAUACAAACAGCUUCUCUGCUCAGCUCUCAUCCUUUUGAAGCAACCAUAUUUGGGGUAGCAGGGGCUAUGUAUUAUCUGUGUGAGAGAGCUUUUACCAGCAGGUGGAAAUCCUCAAAGGAGGAAUUCUGCUAUCCAGUGGAAUGCCUAGCUCUCACUGUGGAGGAAGUGAUGCAUAUUCGACAGGUCCUGGUGAAGGCAGAGCUGGAAAAAUACCAACAAUAUAAAGAUGUCUACACCGCCCUGAAAAAAGGAAAGCUUUGCUUUUGUUGCCGAACUAGGAGAUUUUCCUUCUUCACCUGGUCUUAUACCUGUCAGUUCUGUAAGAGGCCGGUGUGCUCACAGUGUUGCAAAAAGAUGCGGCUGCCCUCCAAGCCAUACUCCACUCUGCCUAUCUUUUCAUUGGGACCUUCUGCCUUGCAAAGAGGGGAAAGUUGUAUGAGGCCAGAAAAACCCUCCACUGGCCACCAUCGGCCACUUCGGAGCAUUGCCAGGUUCUCAAAAUCUAAGUCUGUGGACAAAUCAGAUGAAGAACUACAAUUUCCUAAAGAGUUAAUGGAGGACUGGAGUACCAUGGAGGUGUGUGUAGACUGCAAAAAGUUUAUUUCGGAAAUCAUCAGUUCAAGCCGGCGUAGCCUGGUGUUGGCCAACAAAAGAGCCCGAUUAAAAAGGAAAACACAGUCUUUCUAUAUGUCCUCACCAGGCCCCUCGGAAUACUGCCCUUCGGAAAGGACUAUCAAUGAAAUCUGAGCCUUGUGCCUUUCAGUUGCUUUUGUGUUCAGAGUCGGCAUUAGCGCGAGAGAACACUGAGCUGGACUGUCUCUCCUUGCCGUGGUUUUAUUUAAUCAGCUUGAAUUUGCAUUAGAUCAGGGUUUUGCUGCAUCACAUUGUUCCACAGACUGAAUGCUGUGUUCAUAUCGAUUGAUGAUAUGUGACAGGUCAGCCAAUUGCUCAAUUGCACUGAGAGGACAAUAGUUUGAAAUCUGCUUUUGUGUUGUGUGUGGAUUUGGAGGCCAGAAACUUUUUCCUUAGUUCAGUUCCUUACUGUUCCUCAAAUAAUUUUCUGACUAAGGCAAAAAGCUUCUCAUGUGAGAAAUCAGCCUAACACAGGUGUCGAUGUUAGCACAGUUCUACGCAGUAAGUCAUAUUGGCACUUCCACCUGACAGUGUUCCUAUCUAAUGUACAUAGUGAUCCAGAGCCCUGCCACACACCAGAUGCCUGGAGGCGGGGCAGGUGAUUUACCAUCUCAUAGCACAAAACCCAGAAGAAUUUGCUCAUACUAUCAAACUGAUUUUAAAUUAUUGUUGCUCUGAGAUAAAGACUACAGGAGGGACUCGAUGCCUGCAUUCUAGUGCAGAACAUCUGAAUAAGCUGUACACCCACAUGGGAGACCACUUCCUCUGAGCUGCUGUGUUUGCCCUGGUGUCAUGGAUCCCUCUUCUGAGCGGGUGACAGAUUUUCAUUCCCUAUCUUGAAUGUAUUAUGGUUACUUGUAGUUUUAUAAUGGAGGUCUAAGAAUUAAAGUUUUGUCGGGGUUGCGGGACAGAGGAAAGAUAAAAGUUUGUCAAGAAGUUGUGUAUUUUGGUUAACUAUGGAAAGGGUUGUGACAGAAUAGGGUGCCAGCUACUGCGCCACACUGCAAGGAAUAAGCCAGAGCUCAUCUAUUUUCAACUAUGUUUUUCAUAACUUUAUAGUCUAGCCAUCACAACUAAAUUGAGCCACAAACUGGUACCUAAGGUCUCAAACUGGAAUUUAUUUAUUUUUAUAAAUGAAUUUUAAAAGAAGAACAUUGUCUAGUUCUUUUAAAAUUACAAGAAUAUUAACCUGCUGAUAGGCUUUUUGGAUGCUUUUUGCACAAAUUUUCCUUGUAAAUGACUUGAGUGAGUAGGAUGGGUUUUUGAUGAAGGUAGGUUGGAGGGUAGCACUGCACACCUGAAAUUUCUCAGCUUGAUUGGUCCAUACCAUGGGCUAUACUUUAUUAUUUUGGUAUGCUUAGAAAUGACCAGCCAAUCAAAUUGCUAUUAAUGUUUGGGAAAUCAGUUAAUACACGUGCACAAUAAUUUCCUAAAAGCUACAGGACACAUCUGUAGUCAACACUAUGACAGCACCAUUUAAUAAAAGGCAUGGCAGUCACAUUUUUUACACAUCAAAGUAUAGUAACAUUUCUAUAUUAGAUUAACAGUAAUACCUCGAAACUGCUCUGGAAGUAGUUUUUAAUGGAUUGAAAUUUCCAAUUUAGUAAAUGGCUUAAAAUUACUUAUACUUAUGAAAUAAACUUCACCAGUUGACUAAAAUAAUGCAUGUUAACAAUUCAUCUGUAUUUGCAUGUUAAGUGGACCACCAGAGAACCCUUAUUAAUUAUGCAAAUGUUUAAAUUAUUUUAAACACUCAAGAGCUUUAAACAUUACAUGGGGCGAAUCUCAUUUAUAAUAUUUUCCAAAGGACUAUUUGAACUCUAUACCCAGAUGGUUCGGUGGGAGCCACACCCUUGAAGGCCCCAGGCUUGAGCCUCGAAACGGCUACCAGAAAGGGUGCGAGGGAGAGGGAAUGGUAGUUGUUUUGUGUAUAUAGACAUGACCUAAGACAGUGUGCUUUUUAAAAGAAUGACUAGUUUACUGUUGUUAUUAAAACAUAAGAAACUAAACCCCCAAAAUGAGAAUUUCAUCCACAUUCACAAGGCAAAUAUCUAGCACAUCUCAAUCUUUGACUUCACACUUUCAGGUUUAUGAUACAGUAUAGGCUGAUUUGGGCAUUAUGAUCACUUCUCACCAGAGCAUUAGAAUGUAUAGCCUUCAACAGCAUUAACAAGGUUUGCCAAGUGCAUUAAAAAAGUCAAAUGGAUGGUAUGUCUACCUGAGACAGUUUGCCGAAAGUAGUGUAAGAAAAGGGCACAUGGCACAGUUAAAAUUGUAGCAAUCAAAUUAGCAUCACUUUUUCGUGCCAAAACAAUUUCUUGCAUUUAACCCUUCCUUAUCUAUGACAUGUACCCAACACCUCAACUGAAUUAGAGAAUUUCCAGAGAAUAAUUCACU